AUGUUAUUUGGACACAUCUAUUGGUGGACUGCGAGUUAUUUGCCCUCAAAUAAUGUCUACGGAUUGGGUGAGAAUACUCAUCCGUCUCUCAGACAUAAUCUUAAUUACAAGACUUGGCCCAUAUUUACAAAAGACAACCCACCGGAUAGUGGUGACCAAAAGAACAACUACGGUCAGCACCCAUUCUAUACAGUACUUGAAUCUAAUGGCAAUUCACACGGAAUUCUGUUACUUAACAGCAAUGCUAUGGAAUACACACUUAUGCCGGCACCGGCAGUAUCUGUUAAGACAAUCGGAGGAAUUCUGGACUUCUUUGUGUUUGUCGGCGAUAAUCCCGAACAUGACGUACAAUAUAUUGAUAGCGAUUAUAAAUUCUGGUCAAGAGAUUUCACGAUAGAUCCCAAUAACUUCAAAGAUUUACCACAACUUAUAAACGAUACUCAAACUAAAUACAAUCUGAAGUGGACUCCAAUCAUAGACCCGGGUGUUCAGGGAAAUGAAGCCAACUACUCUAUAUUUAGUGACGGCAACAACAAAAAUGUGUUCAUAAAAUGGCCAAAAAGUGUUCCCAUCCAAGACAGACACAAUCCGGACGGCAUAGACACCACUCACGAUAAUAUGUACGGUCGCGUGUGGCCACCCGGACCGGUAGCCUUUCCGGACUACUUCAAGAAUGUCACUCAAGACUGGUAUAAAGACUGCUAUAAACACUUGUAUGAUAUCGGAUGGAAAUUUAACGGCCUUUGGAUUAACCUAGACAUGAAUGAGCCAGUCAGUGUAGAGUUCGGUUCGGGGUUUAAUAUUACAUGCCCACACAAUCAAUACGAUAACAUUCCCAUUGAAAUAAAGGCUUAUUGGGUGCAUAACAUGGAUAGAUUGAGCAGGGGCUCACUUUGUAUGAUUGGGGUUCAGGGUAAUUCGGGUGAAUACAAGCACUAUGACGUCCACUCCCUUUAUGGGCUAACUAUGGCUAUCACUACCAGAAAAGCACUAAAUGAGAUAACAAACAAAAGGGGGUUUGUAUUAUCCCGGUCCACUUUUGUCUCAUCGGGACAAUACACGGGUCACUGGUUGGGAGAUAAUCACAGCAAAUGGUCUCAUAUUAAGGAUUCCUGUAAAAACAAACAGUUGAGUCAAACCCAGUGUCAAGAGAGAGGAUGUAUUUACGAUCCCGUGAAGGAUAAGCCAGAGAUUCCUUACUGUUAUUUCAAUGCAGCAAAACUCGGCUAUAGAAUAGACUCAACAAAAGACACUGACUUUGGUUUGGAAGCGACUCUCAAAUUGAAAGACUCGGCAAAAGAUACAAAACUUGUCACACAAUUGGAUGCUCUGAAGACGGAGGUCACGUAUUUAACAGAAAACAUACUCCGGGUUAAGAUAUUUGACGCCAACAACAAGAGAUAUGAAACUUUGGGUUUGACAUCGAAAGGAAAAUUUGGACACAUCUAUUGGUGGACUGCGAGUUAUUUGCCCUCAAAUAAUGUCUACGGAUUGGGUGAGAAUACUCACCCGUCUCUCAGACAUAAUCUUAAUUACAAGACUUGGCCCCUAUUUACAAAGGACAACGCUCCCAAUAGUCAAGACGAGAAGAACAACUACGGUCAGCACCCCUUCUAUACAGUACUCGAAAGUAAUGGCAAUUCACACGGAAUUCUGUUACUUAACAGCAAUGCUAUGGAGUAUACACUUAUGCCGGCGCCGGCAGUAUCUGUUAAGACAAUCGGAGGAAUUCUGGACUUCUUUGUGUUUGUCGGCGAUAAUCCCGAACAUGUCAUACAGUUAUACACAUCACUAAUCGGUCGCACAUUUAUGCCAUCGUUUUGGGCGUUUGGCUUUCAAAUAUCCAAAUGGGGUUAUCAUAACACAUCUCAAGUGAAAGCCUGUGUCGAGCGACAAAUCAAACACGAGGUCCCAUAUGAUGUCCAAUACGUUGAUAGCGAUUACAAAGAGGCUCAGGGACGGGAUUUUACAAUUGAUCCUGUUCAUUACAAAGAUUUACCACAACUUAUUAGCGACACUCAAACCAAAUACAAUCUGCAUUGGACUCCAAUCAUAGACCCGGCUAUUCAGGGAAAUCAAGCAAAUUAUACGAUCUUUAGUGAAGGCAAUGACAAAAAUGUGUUCAUAAAAUGGCCAAAAAGUAUUCCCAUCCAAGACAGACACAAUCCGGAUAAAAUUGAUAUCACUCACGAUGAUAUGUACGGUCGUGUGUGGCCACCCGGACCGGUAGCCUGGCCUGACUUCCUUAAGAACGUUACCCAUAACUGGUGGAUAGACAACCUCAACCAUUUGCACUCUAUUGGAUGGAAAUUCAAUUCACUUUGGAUUGAUAUGAAUGAGCCAAUCACUUUCGAUAGUGGGGAGGGAUAUAAUAUCCAGUGUCCACACAAUCAAUACGAUAACAUUCCCAUCGAAAUAAAGGCUCUUUGGGUGCAUGGCUUUGAUCGGUUGAGCAGAUCAACCCUUUGUAUGGUUGGAGUUCAGGGAGAAUCG